AUAGAGUUGUUCUUCGGUGAAGGCUGUAGUGAGCUACAGAAGAUAAAACGGGUAACAGUAAAUCUGACACUUUUCUCCAGCGACAACAAACCAUUUCUGGGAACGAAUAGCAUGUAUAAACUUGUCUAAAUUCAGUUUUAAUUCCUUUUGGUACUUACAGAGGUGUUUUUGACCGAGCUAACUUGUCCUGAGUGAUUUUCAAAGUCGCCGUUUGAGCAGUGAAUGUGGUGAAAGGUUUCUUGCUUCAUCCAAAACCAAGCACACCAUCUAAACAACAUGCCAUUCCCUUUUGGGAAGUCUCAGAAGAGUCCAGCAGAGAUUGUGAAGAAUCUCAAGGAGAAUGUGGCAUGCUUAGAGAAGCUGGAAACAUCUGACAACAAGAAGAGUGAAAAGGUUGCUGAGGAAGUUUCAAAGAAUCUAGCCUCGUUGAAAGAAGUGUUGUGUGGUACUGGAGACAAGGAGCCUCAAACGGAAGCAGUGGCCCAACUGGCACAGGAGCUUUACAAUACCAACCUCUUCAUCGCCCUCAUAGCCAACCUGCAGAGGAUCGACUUUGAGGGAAAGAAGGAUGUGGUUCAUCUGUUCAGCAACAUAGUGCGGCGUCAGAUUGGCACCCGCACGCCCACAGUCGAGUACAUUUCCUCCCACUCUCAGAUCCUCUUCAUGCUGCUGAAAGGCUAUGAAACUCCUGAAGUGGCUCUGAACUGCGGCAUGAUGUUGAGAGAGUGUCUCCGUCACGAGCCCUUGGCCCGCACUGUUCUCUUCUCUGAGAAUUUCUACUGCUUCUUCAACUAUGUGGAACUCUCCACUUUCGACAUUGCCUCAGAUGCCUUUGCUUCAUUUAAGGAUCUUCUAACAAGACACAAAAUCAUGUGUGCAGAUUUCUUGGAGACAAAUUAUGACAGAGUGUUUACAGAGUACGAAAAGCUGCUGCAUUCUGAUAAUUACGUCACCAAACGUCAGUCUCUAAAGCUCUUGGGAGAACUCUUGCUGGACAGACACAACUUUACAGUCAUGACCAAAUACAUCAGUCGAGCCGAGAACCUGAAACUGAUGAUGAACCUGCUGAGAGACAACAGCCGCAACAUCCAAUUUGAAGCUUUUCAUGUCUUUAAGGUGUUUGUGGCAAACCCAAAUAAGACACAACCUGUUUUGGACAUCCUGUUGAAGAACCAGUCCAAACUGGUGGACUUCCUGAGCCAAUUCCAAACAGACCGCUCAGAAGACGAGCAGUUUUGCGACGAAAAGAACUAUCUCAUCAAGCAGAUACGAGAUCUCAAGAGGCCCGCACCACCGGAGGACGCGUAAAGGACAAAAGAACAGGACUGAACAGUUGAGAUGGUGACAUGUUUUAUGCAGUUGAGGAAAUAACAAAGAAAGAAUGACAAACAGGCCUCUCUCAGAUCCCAUUUCUUUGCAGCUGACCUCUAAAAUGCGCAAAAAAUGUUGUAGUCAGUAUGUGCAAACUCAGUUUUUUCCCUUUGCUUAGGAACACGUGUGAAUUUGCUGUGUGAAAAGCAAGAUGGACCCAAGCACUCUGUUUAUACUCCAAAGCUUUUCCCCCUUAUGUGUGAAACAUUAUUUGAUGGAUUAUUUUGCAGUCUCUCUGCAGCUCCUGACUGUGAACAGUUUAUUUAAUCUAUGGUAUAAAAGCAGUUUAAAUAAUUACUUGAGGCCUUUCCGAGGCAGUUAAUUUUUUUAAGGACGUGAAGUGCUUAAGGAAGAAAGCCAUUUCACACAGUCAUUUCUACUACAUUUCAAGUCUUAGGUAGGCUGUUAUAGCUGUUUAGGGGUACAUUAAAAGCAAAUGUUAACAAAGCAUUUGAAGCAAAGGUGUAUAUCAGAUAUGUCAUGAAUUUAGAAAGUAAGGCACACUUUUAUGCCAGCCUUAUCAUAAUAAUUAAAUCUCUUUUCCUUCUCCCCAAAAGCCAACUGGGAAUGUUUUUUAAUCUUUCAAAGGAGAAUUUCCAGCAUAGUUGACUAUAAUUCAAAACUUGCAGACUUUAUAGGUUUACUAUCUCAUUUCUGACCAUUUGCUCACUUUCCUGAGUGGUUACAUUAUUUGAAUAGCAUUGAUUGGUUGAUACUCUCAAAUAGCAUUGUCUUUUUUCUAUUAUUCUGAUUUAGCUUGGUCAGCAUGUUAUUUUAACUGGAUGUGAGGCUAUUUAAGAUAUAGAUUUUAAAAUUAGGUAUUGUUGCGUAUAUUAGCUGUGAAACUAAUUCUGGGUUUGCCUAUUUCACUGAUACACACAUAACAUGUGGAACAUUAACCUCUUCACAUACACUGUAAAAUUGUAAGAAUGAUGAUUACAGAUCCAUGUUUGAUGCUUCUCAGGUGCUGCGUUUUGAAUUUCAGCCUACGCACAUGAAUCUAGAGACCAUUGAAGCCUUUAACAGAUGCCUCCAAUCCAUACACACACACAAAACCCACAUUUAACACCAUUUUCAUACCAUCAUUUGUACUGUCAACCUUGAAUGAGUCCAAACUGUGGUAAUGUGUUGCAUCUUAUGAUUGUAUUUUUAGGUUCAAAUCUAUUUUGCACUUUUCCGUACAUCUUGGUUAUUGGAAGGUCUUUUUAAAUGGAAAUGCAAAACAGGAUUCUACUGAAAAGCCUUCAUUGAAUUACCUUAAGUUCAGCCUUGUAUUCAGUGUACUCUGUUUGCACAAAUUCUUCUCUUAUAUACCUCAUAGGUUUUGAGUUGCUUAAGUGCUGUGUACUUAAGUGUCCUUUCCCCAUUUGACCAGUUUUAUGUUAAAUUACCAUGGCAGCAAUGUCAAUUAUGCAAGAAAAUGUAAAAUCUUACAACAAAUUUUGCCCUUCAGUUGCUGAAUAGGAUCUACAAGGGAAAACAUUAACUGUGAUAUGUGCUGGUAUGGUACUCUUGAGUGUGAGUGUGCUGAUAUGUUUUCUCAGUGUAUGUGGAUGUUUUAGUUCUCUGAGUUUGUAGAGUAAAAGUCCCUUUUAAUACAGCAGGAUGGUGCCAAGACGAGCAGAUGUGAACAGCAAGUAGAGUGCAGGGUUUAAUAAGCUCAACAUACAGUACGUAAAAUUUUGCCUUCGUCUUUUACAAAUGAUACAAAGUGUGACUGUGAACCUCCAUCAUACUAAGAUAGUCAACACAAACUUAUAUGAGUUUGUCCUAUAAAGUUUAAACCUAUAUAAUAGUCAAAUACAGGACCAGUGGGUCAAAAUGAAUAUAAUUGUUUGGCUGAAUAGUUUAUAUUAAGAGUGGUGCAGUUUUGGAUAGGAUGCAGGCCUUUGUCACCAAGUUUUAAUAACUGAUAUGUGUCUGUUGAUGAAAGUGAUUGAGAAUGACAAUGUCCAAUGAUUACUAAAUUAUUGUUUGGGGUUUCUGGCUUCAGGAUUAGACUUAAAUAUAAGUUUUACUCCACUUUCAGUUUCCUGUAUGUUUUCUGUUGUCUGUUCCACUAUGUUAGCGUUACAUAUGUACAUAAAAGAUUUAUUUUAUGAAACAAGUGUGAAGACAUUGGAAAUAAAAUAAACAACUGUG